AUGUUCGCUCGCCCAAACUACAGCCGGUCUCUGUGCGGGUGUUGGUAUGCAGCACCAGUCUCUGGAUAUUGGAAGGUAGAAAAGAAAUACCUUCCACAAGUCCAACUUUCAUCCUCAACAAAUAUCCUUGCCACCACCUCACGGACAACAUUGAGACAGACCUUCGUCAAUAAUGAAUCUAGAAGUCUCGAGCAGGUCCAGUAUACCUUUCCCCUCUAUGAUGGUGUUAGUGUUGUUGGUUUCACUUGCACCGUGGGCUCCAAGACUAUUGUCGGUAUCGUGAAAGAGAGACAACAAGCCCGCGUGGAUUAUCAAGCAGCAGUCUCACGCGGCGAAACCGCUGGACUCCUUGAGCAACUACCUGAAGCGUCAGAUGUUUUCACCACAUCAAUCGGCAACAUUCCACCCAACGAAAAGAUUAUGGUGGAGAUAGUCUAUCUCGGAGAACUGAAACAUGAUGCAGAAACUGACGGUUCGCGCUUUACUAUUCCAACAGUGAUCGCGCCUCGGUAUGGUCCAGUUUCAACAGACUCCGCCCAAGUACUUUCGAGUACAAGCCUGGCAGCCAAAACAGGCAUCUCCAUCUCGGUCGAUGUGACUCUCGAGGAAGGGUCCAUAGUACGCGGUUUGCAAAGCCCCAGUCACCCCAUCGCUGUCACUAUGGGACGAACAUCAACAAUGGACGAAGACAGCUUCAAUAACAAUCAUGCUUCGGCGACCUUAACCCUCGGAAGCACUGAGUUGGAGAAAGAUUUUGUGAUUGUUGUCCUAGCAAAAGGAACCGACACUCCUCGCGCCCUACUCGAAACCCAUCCUACGAUCCCGAAUCAGCGUGCCCUCAUGGCAACACUUGUGCCAAAGUUCAACAUCCCGAGCAUUUCUCCCGAGAUUGUCUUUGUUGUCGACAGAAGCGGCAGUAUGGGCGGAAAGAUUGAGCUUGUGGUCGCCGCCAUGAAGAUCUUCCUCAAGUCUCUCCCGGUAGGCGUCAAAUUCAACAUCUGCUCCUUCGGUUCUCAUCAUUCUUUUCUCUUCAAGAAGAGCAAAACUUACGACCAGUCAAGCCUGAAAGAUGCGCUUAAACAUCUUGAAUCCUUUUCCGCAAAUUAUGGAGGUACGGAAAUGCUUCAGCCUGUGAAAGAGACGGUGAAGAACCGUUACAACGACUUGCCGCUUGAAGCCAUGAUUCUCACUGACGGAGAGAUCUGGAAUCAAGACGAGUUAUUCAAGUUCAUCAAUACUACUUCCAAUGCACGCUUCUUUACUCUUGGUAUUGGUAGUGGUGCGUCCUCUGCCCUCGUGGAAGGCAUUGCUCGUGCAGGCAACGGAUUCGCUCAAUUCGUCGGGGAAAAUGAAAAGAUGGACAAGCGAGUAGUGCGCAUGUUGAAGGGAGCUUUAACUCCUCAUGUGACUGACUAUAAACUCGAAGUCACUUAUAACCCGGAAGAGGUGGCCCCGGCGGAUGAUGAUUUCGAAAUGAUUGACUCCGAAAAGCCAGCUCGUCAAGCAACUGUGGUAGCCGACUUACAAGAGUCUGGGGGAAAGAAACCCAUUUCUCUAUUCGACACCAAUGCUACGGAACAACCAACCAACCCUCCUGCCGGGAGGUACGAUAGCGUCCCUGAUGUUCCAUCCCCGAAGAUUCUGCAAGCACCCGACCAAAUCCCAGCAUUGUUCCCUUUCAAUCGCACCACAGUUUACCUUCUCCUUAGCCCCGAAUCAACACGUCAAGUUCCAAAAUCGGUAAUCCUCCGCGGAACGAGCGAGCAUGGUCCACUCGAACAAGAAAUCCUUGUCCAAGACGUUGGCACUGGUGAGACUAUACACCAGCUAGCAGCCAAGAAGGCGAUACACGAACUUGAGCAAGGGCGUGGAUGGAUCACAAAAGCCCGCAAUGCUGAAAACACACUCCUCAAAUCGACGCACGAGGGCAAAUGGGAUCUCAUCGUGGAACGCGAAGCUGUAAGACUCGGAGUACAGUUCCAAGUCGGUGGGAAAUGGUGCUCCUUCGUCGCAGUCGAGAAGCAACCCGGUGACAAGAGUGCUAAUCCACCAGAAUACUCGGAGAAGGAGUUGAACACUGAUGGAGGCUCCAAUCAUAUGCGUAAGUCCAGCCCCUUUAACAGACUCUUUGGUGCGCCCGUGACAAUGGAUGCUUGCGAUGUGUCUCGUGGCCCCUUUAUCAAUGGCCCCAAUGGUAGCUUUGGCGUUGGCUCUCAACCUGGCUAUCAGCAAUCUGGACCUGGUCAAUCUUCCGGUGGGGAGCCUGCCACCAACACCACUUCUGGAUCACUGUUUGGUGCUACUUCAGCAAUACAUUCUGGUCCUGCACCAUCUCUAUAUAGUGGAAACACCACACCAGAGUCUGGGGGACUAGUUGCCAGAAUCCCUACUAAUGCCCUAGCAUCCGCUGGAGGCCUAUUUGGUACCAAAGUCGUGGACCUAGCGUCAUCUUCUGGUGGUCUGUUCGGCCAGAGUUCUUUUGGAUUUGGCAGCAGGGGAGAUGUUAUCCCCAAACGUGAGAAUAGCGCACCGUUCGGGGCACCACCUGCUGGAGUUGCUUCCCAGCAGACAAGACGAAGCCUGUUUGGUGGACUUCCUCAGGCCUCUUCGACUCCAUCUUUGUUCUCUAUGCAAGAACAAACAAAUGACACAUCUAAUGGACCUGACCUGUCGGUGACCUGCAACCUCAAGCCUCCCAGUUCCGGACAGCUCAACUCAACUAACCAAGGCAUUCACCAUAUAGACCUUCCAUUCCAUCUCCCUUGCUAUGCGCUAGCGAACCAUGCAUCGACCCAGCACUGUGAAGGAACUCGAAAUAUCAUUAACACGGAUGACCGCCCCGACCAAGUCUCACUUGACGACAAAAUCUACGAAGCAUACACUGCGGAGAUGAAUGAUGCUGCUUGCAUGCCACUACCAGACGAGUCGGACUCGGACUUGGACCUGGCCACGGACAUUUUGCGUAACGCUCCAUUGGCUAAAGAAACCCCAGCUGACCAGCGUGUGAACACAGAACCACAAGACCAAGUGAGAAAAAGGAGUGCCCCUACCAGUCUAUCUUACAGGGGUGGAUAUGGUGCACCCCUUCUCGCUUCCUCCGCUGCCCGGUCCUCCGCCCCUGCGCCGGCUCCAGUGCUGCAACAAUACCAAAUGGGCUUGAUGAAACUCGAGCAGCAGAACAAGAACCGCCUGCCGAUGUACGACGUUCAAGCUGCUAAUGCACAGUCGAUCCAUUAUGCUAUGCCCCCGGGAGGCGCUGCCCCGCCCCCCGCUCCUCCCCGUUCAGCACUCCUCAGUACAGGAAGCGCAGCCCUCUCAUUAUCGUCGGGGCCAGAACCCAAGGCCAAACAAGGUGCUAAGGGAUUUAGCGUGGCCGGCCUUUUUGGCAGCAGCGGCAGCAGUGAAGCCAAGGCCGGGAAAUCCACCGGCGGUAGUAGCUUCGGCGGUGCUUUCUUCCGGAACAGCGCUGUAGGUGGCCCCACGGCGUUCUCUAGCCGGCACUCAAGUAGCAGAGAAGCAGAGAAGGACGUAGGCGAUGGUGAAGAGAAUCAGAGAUUGUCCCUUGAUAGAGCAGAUCAGUAUGUGGACUAUUCUGAGGAGUCGUACAGCCCCCAAGACGUCCGUGCUGCCACCUCAUCCCCUAGCGACAAAAUGCACGCCUUGAUCGGCCUCCAAUCCUUCGAUGGGGCUUGGAGCGCGUCGAAGCAGUUGUUCCAACUUCUCGGCAUUGACAGCAACAAGAUUUCGACUCUUUCCAAAGAUGAAAGCGUCUCUGUGACGGCCUUGGCAAUUGCUUGGUUGAAGAAGCACGCAUGCAACGAAGAAGAUGUCUGGGAGAUGGUGGUGGACAAGGCCCUCGGGUGGUUGGAGGCCAAGGUCGGCAGGGACGAGGCCGCGAAGGUUUUGGCCGAUGCUGGAAAUGUCGUUUAA